AUGACACGCAGCGAGGACGAAGUCGGUCAAAAAAUUGACAGAUGCUUUGCGGAUUCACUUCUCAAAGUGACCGGUGGAGUCGCCAUCGGAAUUGUCGCCAGUGUGGCGUUUUUUAAGAGCCGCUCGUGGCCAAUCUGGUUCGGAUCGGGCGUCGGCCUUGGAACGGGAUGGUCGAACUGUCGUCACGACUUUGCGUCGCCAUACGUUCUUCACGGAAAAAAGAUUCCAGCCGGACAGGAUUCAAACGGAAAACCGACAUACAACAUUAUUCCGGAACAACAGAAACAAUAA